AUGAAGGUACUGAUUGUGUUAUCCGUAGUCAUUGCUGCCGCUAUGGCUACUUACGGAGGUGGUGGUUACAAUGGCGGUGGUGGUUAUAAUAGAGGACGUAUUCAGGUCUACCAAAAUUUCUUCCUUCCACCCCAAGAAAAAGAUAUCCUCCAUAAUUACCAUCUUCAGUGCCAACAAGAAAGUCAAUGUGGUAUGGAAUACAUCAGAAGCCCACACCAAUAUGAAGACUACGAACCUUUGGGAGAGUAUAUGUUCUGCAUAUGUCAGAAAUAUGGAUUCAUGUACCCUAAUGGACGUUUCAACUAUAACAUGCUGAGUCGCAAACUUGGAUUGGUCUGUGUUGACGAAGAUCCUGAGAUUUACAUCAGAGGUUGUGCUGUUCCUUCUCAUAACCCAUAUUCCACUGCUAUCGGCCUCAUGAACUGUUUGGACAACUACGGAUUCCACUACCUUGACCAAUGUGUCUACUAA